GUGUUGUUAAGGUGGAUUACGGCGAUGUAUCCGUCAGAAAAGCACUAAGAGAAAAUCUGAAGUGUAAACCCUUCUCAUGGUACUUGGAAAACAUCUAUCCCGACUCCCAGAUUCCCCGGCGCUAUUACUCGCUUGGUGAGAUCAGGAACGUUGAAACCAACCAGUGUUUAGACAACAUGGGCCGCAAGGAAAAUGAAAAAGUGGGCAUUUUCAACUGCCACGGCAUGGGAGGAAAUCAGGUGUUUUCCUACACGGCUGACAAAGAGAUCCGCACGGACGACUUGUGCCUGGAUGUCUCGAGGCUGAACGGCCCCGUCAUCAUGCUGAAGUGCCACCACAUGAGGGGGAACCAGCUCUGGGAGUACGAUGCCGAGAAGCUCACCCUGAGGCACGUCAACAGCAACCAGUGUCUGGAUGAGCCGUCGGAGGAGGACAAGAUGGUUCCCACCAUGAGGGAGUGUGGCGACGGCCGUUCCCAGCAGUGGCUGCUGCGCAACAUGACCCUGGGUGCCUGA